UGUAGUAGCUAUAGUAUUUCAUUGUAAAACUACUAAUAAGAAUAGGAAAACGUGCUCGCUGUCUACCGGCUUUACUUGAAAUCCUGGCCGUACUUGAAGGUGCCAUAAUUGUGUUCGCGGAGUAAUUCGCUUUUUUAAAAGCAGAACCCUGAAAUUACCGACGAGGUCAUUGACCCUACUGUGAAGACCUUGUGUGUGUUUGUGUGGGUGUGCGUGUGUUUGUGUGUGUGUGUGUGUGUGGGUAAAAGCUUAAAGAGAAAUCAACAUGGUCCUUGGCCUCCUAAAAGAGUUUGGAAAGCAGCUUUUGAGGGUGAAGGUGGUCGACUGCAGCACGGAAGAGUCUCGGCUUGCUCGAUGCCUUAACACUUUUGAUCUGGUGGCUCUUGGAGUGGGCAGCACAUUGGGUGCUGGCGUCUACGUGCUGGCCGGAGCUGUGGCGCGAGAAAAUGCCGGACCAGCUAUUGUUGUGUCCUUCCUGAUUGCAGCACUGGCCUCGGUCAUGGCGGGACUGUGUUAUGCUGAGUUUGGUGCACGUGUACCCAGGACGGGCUCUGCAUAUCUAUACAGUUAUGUGACGGUAGGGGAGCUGUGGGCCUUUAUUACCGGCUGGAACCUUAUCCUCUCCUACAUCAUUGGAACAUCCAGUGUGGCUCGGGCGUGGAGUGCGACCUUCGAUGAGCUCAUUGGGAAACACAUAGAAAACUUCUGCAGACUCCAUAUGAAUAUUAAUGCCCCGGGAGUGCUAGCAGAGUAUCCUGACAUGUUUGCUGUUCUCAUCAUCAUCACACUCACAGGUUUGUUGGCGUUUGGGGUGAAGGAGUCAGCUAUGGUUAAUAAGGUGUUCACCUGUGUCAACGUUCUGGUCUUGAUGUUUGUGGUGGUGUCAGGCCUGAUAAAAGGAACCCUCAAAAACUGGAACCUGAAUCCUGAGGAGAUCCUCAGCAAUACAUCCUCUAUGAAUACUUCAGAGGCGUUUCCAUCUGGAGAGAGUCUGGGUGUUGGCGGCUUCAUGCCCUUCGGCUUCACUGGAGUUUUGUCUGGUGCCGCGACCUGUUUUUACGCUUUCGUCGGGUUUGAUUGUAUCGCCACAACAGGUGAGGAGGUAAAGAAUCCUCAGAGGGCGAUACCCAUCGGCAUUGUAGCAUCACUCCUCAUCUGUUUCGUUGCAUACUUUGGCGUAUCAGCCGCCCUUACUAUGAUGAUGCCAUACUACUUGCUGGACAAGAACAGCCCUCUGCCCGUGGCCUUCAAAUAUGUAGGCUGGGAAGGGGCGACAUAUGCAGUGGCUGUUGGCUCUCUUUGUGCUUUGUCUACCAGUCUAUUGGGCUCCAUGUUCCCAAUGCCCCGUGUAAUAUGGGCCAUGGCUGAAGACGGGCUUCUCUUCAAGUUCUUGGCCAACAUCAGUGAAAAAUCCAAAACCCCCAUAAUUGCCACUGUAACCUCAGGCAUAGUGGCAGCGGUGAUGGCUUUCUUGUUUGAUCUGAAAGAUCUGGUUGACCUCAUGUCCAUCGGCACUCUGUUGGCAUACACACUAGUUGCAGCCUGCGUCCUCGUCUUGAGGUAUCAACCGGAGCAGCCCAGUGUGAAUGUGGAGUAUCAGAUAGCCAGUUGUCAGGAAGACACAGAGGCUGAAUCCAUUAAUGAGAGCAGUAAUGGCUUCCUGCCUGGAUCUCAAGACCUCUGCACUCUCAGCAACCUCCUCUUCCCCAAAAACACGGAGCCGUCCCGUCUCUCUGGCUUUACUGUCAACAUCUGCACUAGCAUAUUAGGUGUGCUGGUGUGUGUGUUCUGUGUUGUGGCAGUACAGGGUGGAUUUCAGGUCUGGGCUCUGGUUGUUCUUGGAGCUCUGGCUGUGGUUUGUUUCAUAAUCACCAUGUUAAUAGGGAGGCAGCCUGAGAGCAAGGCCAAACUGUCCUUUAAGGUUCCCUUGCUGCCGUUCCUCCCUGUCCUCAGUAUGUUUAUUAAUGUGUAUCUGAUGAUGCAGUUGGAUUCAGGCACCUGGAUGCGUUUCGCCAUUUGGAUGGCCAUUGGUUUUGUUAUCUAUUUUUCCUAUGGAAUCAGGCAUAGUACAGAAGCAGCCUUGGCCAGAAACAGCACUGAAGACAACAUCAACAACUUCAAACCGAUAACGAUAAACGGACUUCCUGCACUGGAGAAAGAGGCUUUCUUGAGCAACAGUAUUAGUGCUGCUGGAGAGGAGGACAGUGAUCCUUGAAAAUACACUUGAAAGGCCUUUUAGUGAUGUCAUCUUGUGCUUUGUAUAGCAAUGUACGUAAUUUACCGGUUAGAACCAAAACUUGAAGAUGAUUGCUGGUCUACAAAAUACCAAUGAACUUUGUGUUACUAGAGAUCCAAAGCACCUUUAAGCAGCAUUACAUGUGAUAUGAUGAAUUAUAUUUACCAGAUUUAUUCGGGUAAAUACGUGAAGGACAGCAUUUCUGAUUAAAACAAGAACACAGCAUAUGUGCUCCAAGCAUACAUUGGGAAUUACACUGCACUAUUACAACAAUUGGUUCUUUGUCUGUUAAAUUGGUUUAUUUUUUAUCUAUAUAUUUUUGUAAUGUUUCCAUCAUGCUUUUUUGAUAACUUUUGAAAGGGCCUUGAGCGAAUUGCACAAUGAACCCAUCGUUACCCAAUGUUUGUCGUCAAUUCAUCCUCUCAGUCAUGAGGUCACAGUCUGUAGACACUUUGCAGACUUUUAUGAGACAAUGUUACAAAGCUUUCCGGCAAGGGAGAAAACAUUAUGUGCAUGGUGGAAAAAUGAACACCCACCACCAGUCAAAUGCUGGUAUUUUUUGGGCAGUGGUGGAUAAUUUUGCCAUACCUUCCAGCAACUGUGGAUGGCGACCUAUUUAAUGCCUCAGAUUGCACUUUUGACAAAGAACAGAUGAAGAAAAGCCGGCGAGUUGGACGUUUUUACUUGUUCAUUCAGAUUUCUAAUAGCAUCCCAAUGCUUUUCAAAGGACACAUGCACAGCUGCUUUGUUUCAAAGUAAUGUAUUGUACAAAUGCAAAAAGAACUUGAAUCUUUUUCAUUCAAAAUUUGGUUCCACUUUAAAAGGUCUGAAUUUGGUUUAUUGAAAGAGGACUAAGAUAUGUCAAGGUUUGUUCAGUGUCAUACAUGCAGGUGGAUUGGAUGGGUUACUUAUGAAAUGUAAUUUGGUACUGAUUAGAAAUGACACAACUAAAAUUGUAACCAGUCAUGUAAUCUUUUAGAUGACACCUUUUUGUAAUCUAAUCUGCUUUUGGAUUACUUAUUGCGUGUUUUAAUGAAAAAAAGUGUUUUAAGAACCAAUUUGCACUCCUUUCAUUAAACAUUAGUAAAUUAUGUAAUCGCUAUGUAAUCCAUUAAAAGUAAUUGUAAUCUGAUUAGGCACAUUUAAAAAGUACUUGAUUUUUUGUUAUCUGAUUACAUUAGUCCAUUACUACCUAACAUAUGCUAUACACGUGCGCACACACACAUUUAUAGUGAGUUCUUUUUUGCAUUAAAAAAUGGCUGGUAAAUUUGGGCAUUCAUCAGCCAAUGUGUCUGUUGGGUGAUAAAUCCAAUUUUGCAAUGCCUGUUUCUUACAUGAUUAACUACUGUGUGCAUGUUGCUUCUGUUAGCAGUUUUACAUUUGUCAGGCCUGGUGAUGGGCAAAUUCUUUUUGUACAGUAUUUUAUUUUUGUGUAUUUUAUUUUAUCGAAGUUUUUCCU